GAUCAGCUGUUCCUUGUUUACAAUUUAUUUGUUGUUUUCGAUGAAAAUGUCUUCGAAAAAAACUCGCGGAAAAAAGUUUACGGAGCAAGAAGAAGACGUUCUGCUCGAUCUCGUCCUUCUGAACAAGGAUAUACUGCGCGACAAGAAGAUGGAUGCCGCAACUUGGCGAAGAAAGACCGAAACGUGGGAGCGACUGACCAUGGAAUUUCAAGCGAAAACUGGAACGGAUCGUUCGUGCGUUGCACUUCGCGAUAAGUACGAUAAUAUGAAGAAAAUAAUUAGGCGUUUGAAAAAAGAGAAGGAUAUCCAAAGCGGAGUUAGCUGCAGGUGCCAGAAUUCUACCAUGUCGCAUAAUAUCAACGACAGUCCACUGGAAGACCAGUUUGAAAGUGACGGAAAUUUCCAGUUACUAAAUGGAGUCAAAGAAGAAUGUCCCUCAAUUAGCUCGCAAAUCUCAGAUAACUCCCAGUUAUUGAAAGAAAACAUUAAUGACAUCGAGGAAAUCGAAUCUGCCGAGUAUUCGCAACGAGUGAAGAUGGAGAGAUUGCGAAAUUGCAGCUCGCCAACAGCGCCGGUGGUCUCAAAUUCAAGUCGCGUCGAGGAGGAGCAAGUGGAGUUGUUAAGGAUACAGCAGAAAUAUUAUAAGGAUCAGAAUGUAAGAGCCGCUGAGAAGCACAAAUAUGAAGUGGAGAGGGAACUAAUAGAACUACAAACGGCUCGAAUAAAAAACCAGUUAAUUGAAAUGGAAAUUAAAUUGAAGCGCGAACAAUUGGCGAAGGUCUUUUAGAGAAGCCAAUUUUACAAACGGCUGAUUUCUCUAUUUAAACUACAUUAAUAUAUAAGAUUCUAUAUAGCCAUUUAUUUAUUUAUUUAAUGUAUAAGCAUACAUAAAACAUGUAUUUAUUAUUGAUAUCACACACAUUCAGAAAACAAUACGAGAACACACCAAACCAG